AUGGAGUCGUUGUUAAAGAAUCUUAAAGAACAUGUUACUUGUUCAAUCUGUCUGGAUACUUUCACCGAUCCCAAGACAAUAACCUGCCUGCACACAUUCUGCUUUGAGUGUAUAAAGAAACACGCACUGAUCAGCCAAAGGAAUGGAAAGUUUCGCUGCCCCGAGUGUCAAGCUGAAGUUGAUCUUCCCGAAGCAAACCGUUUCGAUAAACUGCCGACCAGUUUUCAUCACAAUAGUCUACUCAGUGUUCUCGCCAUACGACAGAGUGGUAAAGGAAAUGAUAUCAGUUGUGGCGUUUGCAAGAAAAAGAGCGCAGAGAUAAGUUAUUGCUUCGAAUGUGCUAAAUUCAUGUGCAGUGACUGUGUAAACGCACAUCAACUGUUUAGUCACUUCACAGAAGGACACAAAGUGACGCCAGUCAAACAGUUCCAACCUCAAGACUACGAAGCACUAAUGAGGAGGCAGUCAUUUUGUUCGCAGCAGUAUCACGAGCGAGAAGUAACGAGGUUUUUCUGCGUUAAAUGCCAAAUCUGUGUCUGCCAAGUAUGCAUCGCUACGGAUCACAAGGCACAUGACGUCGAACCAUUAGAGAAAGCAGCGGACGGCGAGAAAGCCAACAUCCUUACAAGAACCGAGGUAUUAAAAGAAAGAACAAAGGUUUUUAGCGAUGUGAUUCGUAAAUAUGAACAAACAGUAGUUGAACUGGAAGCGAAUAUAACUGACCUUAAACGUGAAGUUUCCCAAACAGCUGAACAAAUGAUCGCCAAGAUUCGAGAAAACGAACGGCAAAUUAUUACAGCCCUCGAGAACACGCGCGUGUCAAGGCAAGACAGAUUAAACUCUGCAAAGGCACAAGUGCAAUCCUUGCUGAAGCAAAUCAACCAAGCAAUCGAGUUUGCUGAAAAUCUGAUUCAAAGAAGCUCCAGCUCGGAUGUAAUGCAAAGCAAGAAUUAUCUAGAACAACGGUUUGAACAUAUUGAAAACACGCCGAUCCCGGAAGUUCCGGUCAAUUCAUUUCUGAAGUUUUAUCCAACUAAAGAAGUAAAGAAUCUUACCCUUGGUUACAUAUUGUCAAGUGAACCAGUCGUAAGAUUGAGAAAAGAUUUCCAAGCUGGUGUUGAAUCAGAAUUUGAAGUUCACCCUCGAAUACUUGGAGAACAAGUGUAUCAAGUGAAAGUGCUUGUGGAACCAGCUCAUAAAACAGGAAGCUUGACAACUUGUGAAAAACAAGAUGGUGAUUACACCGUGAAGUUUACACCUAGAGUUCCAGGAACCUUCAAUAUCAUAAUAAAGGUAAAUGGCAGGGAGUUUGCAGGAAGCCCUUAUAUCGUCCAAGCAAAACAAAGACUCAUUCAAGUUGUUGGAGAGGUAGAAAUAAAAGGAGAAACUCUUGUAAAGCCAAUGGGAAUUGCCGUAAACGGCAAAGGACAAAUUGCUAUUGCUGAUUUUGAUAAACACUGUCUCCUGAUAACUGACAAAGAAGGAAACUGUGUAAGAAAAGUGGGUUGUCACGGAAACAAUGCUGGACAGCUCAACCGUCCAACUGACGUCACAUAUCUAAAUGAUGAUAACAUUCUUGUGGCGGAUCAAUUAAAUCAUCGCAUUCAACAAUUUAACGUUCAAACAGGGAACUCUGUGAAACGUUUUGGAAAGAAAGGGACAAGGGAUGGUGAGUUUCAGUAUCCUGUCAGUGUUUGUGUGGAUGAAGAAGGCCGUGUUAUAGUUGCUGAUCAUUUCAACAACAGAGUCCAAGUUUUAUCACAGGAUGGUGAACCUUUGUUUCAAUUUGGAAACAGUGGACCAGAAAAACUAAGCAAACCCAGGUCGUGUAUUUACCAUGAGAGCAAGUUUAUUGUUUCUGAGUGGGUUGGUAAAAGCUUGAAAGUGUUUGAUAAUAAAAGCUUGUUCUCGUGGUUUACUGAGAGAAUGUGUUUGCAAUAAUACACAGCAUCAAGGAAGAAAUGGUCUAGAAAUGUGGCAAUCACCAUAAUCUUCUUGUUUGUAAUAGAGCCAAUGGCCGUGUUGAUCAGUUUACAGUGGACGGCUGUUUCACUGGAAAAACUGUUGUUGAGUUACAAGACCCUACAAGAAUAACUACAACACCGAAUGGACUUAUUUUAGUUACAGACUUUAAGUCCCAAAAAAUUCACAUUCUAAAAUAAUUAAAAAUUAAGCACAGACUGGAUGAUGAAACAAAUAUACAUCCUGAAAUAAACACCAGAAAAGUAAAACAAUAACUCGGUAUGGUAAAAGGAAUAAGUAAAUAGCAGCUGAAUACUUUCAACGAGCAAUUCCCACAUUAUAUUAUCCGCACUGAAGUAACAAAAAUGCUUGAUGAGGACAGACUUGUGUGACAAAAACAGAUGGCGCGAUAAGGUUUCAAAAGUUAAUUCCUGCUACGUUUGAGCAGAAACUACUUUGCCACUAGCAAAGAUUUUAGAAAAAUACUAGCCUGCGAGCAAAUCUCACACCACCGUACUCCCGAGAGCAAAACCGGGAGGUUGCUGGUAGGCUAAAAACUCACCACCACACCACAGUUGUGUGUGGUCCAUGGGGACUGUGACCGUCCAGAAAUGCGGCAAUUAUCACAACCUUAUUGUAUGCAAUACUGGCAAUGGUCGUGUUGAUCAGUUUACACUGGAGGGAUGUUUCACUAGAAAAAAAUGUUAAUAAGUCAGAGUCCUGCAGCAAUAAUUGUUUCAUCAGAUGGACAUAUUUUUGUUUCAGACUGUAAAGCCACUAAGAUUCACAACCCGAAAUAAGCAACAAAACAGAGAUCUCAGUAUGAUAGAAUUUAAAAGUAAAUAGCCGCUGAACACAAUCGGUCAGCGAGAGUAUUAAUGACAAUGCCGGACAAAUGUUUCUGUAGAGGGACAGCUGUGUGACAACACAAUAUUUCAGUGAAGCAAUUGCAAAGGAUAAUAUAUUAAAGUUGACCAAAGUUAGAGAAUAAUGCGGAGUAAACUACGAGUUAUAACACAGUAAAUAAUUCUCUUUCUGAUAGUAUUUUCACAAGGCCUGAUAUAUUAAGUAGUUAUGUAAGUUUGUAGAUGAUAUAUUAGAUGAAAGAAGCUCUCUUGCUACUAUUUUUUAAAAGAACCGUGUCACUAAUAAUUUUGUAACAGUUAUCAAAAAGAUCAUUCACCCGUCAAAGGCAAAUGAAAGUAUAGUUGCAAUAUAAAAAAAGAAAAAAAAUUGGCACUGAUUAUUUCACUUUUGUUUUCAGUCAAAGCAAAGUGAGCCAAGAUUGUUUCAUAAUUAUGCAAAAUUUUCUGAGUUCAUAUCAUUUGUCAGGUCUUUUAGGAGGGUCUCCAAGAAACGGACAUACACAAUAAUCGCAAGACUUUGUACAGCCUCAUAUAAUAGAAAAUAAUAACGAGUUUUACUUACUUCACCUUUGCUUACUGGUGAUCUAAAUAUAUGAUUUUCAUGGAUCAGAAAAGAAACAUUUUUAUUUUAGCUGUUUAUGAUUGAAAUAUGGAAUAAUCCUCCAGACGUGCUUCCCCUUUAUCGUUAAACUUAACCUGUUCACAUCAGAAUCGCCCGUGUGGAUCCACAUCCCUUGUACAGCUAGUUUGCCAACAAGCUCUCCAUUUCGAGUGGCGAAAGAAGCGAGCCGCGAGGGCUGGAGAAAAAGGAGAUUUCUUCUUUCUUUCUCCACCCUCACACUCGCGUCUCCUUUAGCGUGAGGCUCUCGCGUGACUUCUCGCGACUCCCCCUAAAGGAGAGCUUGCUCGCAGGUUAUUGUACCGCUUGUAAAGUCAUCAGAUUAAACUGUCAAUAACAAGCUUUUCACCUAACCUGUGCAAGGGAAAGAGAUAAUAAAGACGACUUGAAUGAACACGAAGGCCAAACCCUUUUUCAAACUUUUAGAAAGGACCCAAACGCCCACCUGUUAAUUUCGAAGCCCUGAAAGUGAAUUCUUGAUUUAUUACAAGAUUUGUUCUUUUUACUUCUUUUAAUUAUAUUUACCACCAUAUUCACCUAACUAACUUCUGGUUUUCAUUUUAUGUUCGCCAAAUAAUUGAAUGAAAUUAACAAUAUAACUUACAAACUGCUGGUUGACAUUUGAGAGAAAAGAACUGGUGUUCCUAAUGCACUAAUUUCCGGCUCAUUGUAUGGACUAGAUCCUCGAGAGUCGGAUAAAAACGGUGAAACUCUGGCCGGCGUACACAUUCUGUGUAGACGUUUAGAAAUGCGGUUUGCAUAGUAGGGUGUUGAAUGAAAACUAAUAGCCUGUUCGUCAUUCUGCACAAACCUGUUUUUAGAUUCGCUCUGGUUUAUGACUGAAGGCGCAUCAGGUUCGUUUCUAUUUGAAUCUGAAAACGAGGCUGGCUGGUCAACCAAGCGAAGCGGCGACGAUGAGGAAGAGAGAAGCGAAUGAUUAGAACAGGAAAACAAUGAAACCGAGUUCAUUUCCUGCCUGCUGGGAGAGCAAUUUGGGGAAGAAAAUAGGUCAGGGGUUUCGCUAAAAUGUUUUGAAUACCAAGAAUGGGAUUCAUCUUUCAAGAGUCUUGGAGAAUAAUAUAAAUAUGGUGUGUCAGAACUCAUUACUUUCGCACGAGACAGAGAUUGCGAAAACAAAUCAGGGGAAGUGUACAUCAUCUCAAAGCUAUCAAUCAACAUGUCAUCUCCUGACGAAUAACUGUUUCCUUGAUGAGAAGCAGCUUGUCGGAUCUCCGCUUUGAUCUUUUGAUCAUGUGACCAUAUGUUUACCACUUCGUGCUGCAGGGACCUGGUACAAACUACUUCCUCUUCACGUGACUGUUCGGUUGAUUCUAAGACGCACAACACCUUCCCUUGCUCUAUUAAUUCGUCUAGACAAUGAGUAGGCUUCUCUUUCUUCAUAAAACUGCUUUGUAAAUUAACAGAGGAAUGCCUCUUUUGCUCACCUAUUUUUACAUCUUUUCCAGGAAUAAACUUUUCAGAGGGCUCUGUGAAAAAAUUUUCGCAGUUCCUAAGCAACUCAGAAUGUGAUAGAUCAAUCUUAGGUACCAUUUUAUACGAGUUCGAAUUUUGAAGCCUUAUGGAAUCCUCUUGCGUGCACACGCCAUCACCAUCAGUGAAAUCCAAGAUCUUUUUGGAGCGUUCAGUGUUGUUUAUUUUCGCAAUAUAUUUAAUAUCGUGCUCGUUACUGGCUAAUGUUCUUGACACCUCUACCUUUUGUUGAAGUUCAAACGGGUCAGUGGACCUCAAAACAUCAGCAGGCGCCAACGAUGUUUUCUGCGAUAUAGUUUCACAAUCGAGCUCCAUAUCAGCCAAGAAAGCGUCUAGAUCUUCAGAAGAAGAAAAAUCAGUAAAUUCUGUGUAAUCCUCUUGAACAAAUCCAUAAACGACAUCACUGAAACUAACAGUCUGUGACGUAACCAUCUCAUCGGGCGUCUUCUCUUCUGACGUCACGCAUGAUGUUUUGGAAUUUAUGAUUGCCUGAGAUUGUUCUUUCGUUUUAUUUAUAGCAUCCAUUUCCAAAUCAGCUAGAAAUGCACUGAGAUCCUCUGACGAAGGGAAGUCAUCGUACUCUGUCCAUUCACAAUAAUCUUGCUCUUCUUUGCAGACGUCAAGUUUUUCGCAGUUUAGUCCCCUUGUUUGAGAAGGUAGCUGUGUAAAGCGUGGCGAGCUUGAGUUAUUGCUGCUGAUGUCUUCUUCCUGAGAUGAACCUUGAUCAAUUCGAUCUAAAAUAGAAAAAGAAAACACCCAUGACCAAAUUAUGCUGCUACCAAACUAAAUCAAUGUCAUAACACUGGAAUUUCAUCGACAGCCAAGUACCUCUAAUAAAGGUUGAUUUUGACUAGAAACCGAAUCUGAAUAAAAAUCAAAUUUGGAGUCGUAAGCCGUAAGGCUCUAUCCUUCCGUGGAGUUGGCUGAUAUUAUUUUUUGGGCACAGGUACCUGAGGCACAAGAAAGAAACAGGCAUAUAGGUUCUGUGACGUUUCUCAACGUCGUUCGAAUCUAGCAAUCUAGCUAGCAAUCCCAACCAAAGUUUGUCCAAGCUCCCUUAAGCGAAUCUACAUCCCUGGGAAACAGAGCCAAGAAAAGCUUUCGAAACUGGAGCUGACCGCUUACGAAAAUUAAGCAGCGGCCACUAGCAAUAUAAGAGACGAGGGGCCGCUUAAGGGUGUUGGUUAUGUUGUGUAUGCCUCAUGUACAACAUACUAGUACUACGUGCUAAUCUUAUGAUGGCGAAAUUGCCCAGUAGUAGUAGCACUCGCAUUGUACAGUAGCAAAAAGAAAAGAUGAAAAAAAAAAAUUAAAGUUGAAACCGUUUUCCUAGAUAGGGUCUGCGUCUGCUAAGGAGAAUGGCCACUAUUGAUAAUGUGAAGAUACAGGGCCCGUUAUUUAAACCAAGUUUAAACAGCAUUUAUGAAAGUCAUCGUCUAACCAAUGUUUAAACCAUGAAUACCGAUUAUUUAAACGUUCUUUCAGUUUUUCAUAACAGUGUUUAGACGAUGUCCAAACACCGACUAAGGAACAAUAGUAAGUUAGACCAGCUCAAAGGUAGGUUUAAACGCUGUUUAACGAUAUUUUCAUGGUCAGCCAUUUUCAAAUGGAGGGACUACUGCGCUACAGACAGUUAGGCCUGUUUCAAACGUCGAGCUACUGCCGUGCUAAGCUGGCUCGACUGUAGCUCGACUGCAACACGACACUAACACGACUUGGUUUCAGACGUCGAAUUCAAUUCAGUCAAAUAGAACGGCUGUUGCCUAAAACAAAACACGAAAAUAAAGAAACGGUUUAGCAGACUUUUAAAUGUAUUCUAAAGUAUUUAUAAUUUAUGAAUUGAGUUCAGCACGGCGGUAGCACGACGUUUGAAACCAAGUCGAGCUACCGCCGUGUAGCACGGCAGUAGCACGACUUGGUUUCAAACGUCGCGCUACUGCCGUGCUAAAGUCGAAUUUAAUUCGAUCAAUUGAUUUCGGAAUGGCAGUAGCACGACGUUUGAAACAGGCCUUAAGAAACUACGCCAAUCGACGAAAUAUACGUAUUCGACACCUUAGGAAUAGAUUUAACCCUUUAGAAACCGCUCCCUCUAACCCUCCCCUCCCUCUAACCCUCUAUGCGACAGGCGACUUGGCGAUUUAUUUGGUGUUAGUGCAUUUGCUGCAUGUACUGCAAUUCACAAAAAGACCUUUGAAACUUCUAACCACUUCCGCUUUUAGACUAGGGUGACUGUCUGCAGUAUAAUGCAAAUUGUUUUUGUAAUACUAAUUAUAGUUCCUUAUAUGGUCCGAGUUUCCCGGAAUCACUCUGAACAAGAUUAGGGUGUGUUCUGUUGCUGUGAAAAAAAACUUGAACAAUGGAGUCUCUGUUGAAGAAUCUCAAAGAACACGUUACUUGUUCGAUCUGUCUAGAUACUUUCACCGAUCCCAAGACAAUAACCUGCCUCCACACAUUCUGCCGUGAGUGUAUAAAGAAACACGCACUGAUCAGCCAACGGAAUGAAAAGUUUCGCUGCCCCGAGUGUCAAGCUGAAGUUGAUCUUCCAGAAGCAAACCGUUUUGACAAAUUGCCGACCAGUUUUCAUCAUAAUAGUCUACUCAGUGUUCUCGCCAUACGACAAAGCGGAAAAGGAAAUGAUAUCAGUUGUGGCGUUUGCAAGAAAAUGAGCGCAGAGAUAAGUUACUGCUUCGAAUGCGCUAAAUUCAUGUGCAGUGACUGUGUCCACGCACAUCAACUGUUUAGUCACUUUACAGAAGGACACAAAGUAACGCCAGUCAAGCAGUUCCAACCUCAAGACUACCAAGCUCUGAUGAAGAGGCAGUCAUUUUGCGCGCAGCAGUAUCACGAGCGAGAGGUAACGAGGUUUUUCUGCCUUAAAUGCCAAAUCUGUGUUUGCCAAAUAUGCAUUGCUACGGAUCACAAGGCACAUGACGUCGAACCAUUGGAGAAAGCAGCGGACGGCGAGAAAAGCAACAUCCUGACAAGAACCGAGGUAUUAAAAACAAAAACAAAGGCUUUUAGCGAUGCAAUUCGUGAAUAUGAACAAACAAUUCGUGAGCUGGAGGCAAAUAUCACAAACGCUAAACGUGAAAUUUCCCAAGCUGCCGAACAAAUGGUCGCGAAGAUUCGAGAAAACGAGCGGCAGAUUAUUACAGCCCUCGAGAACACGCGCGUGUCAAGGCAAGACAGAUUAAACUCUGCAAAGGCACAAGUGCUAUCCUUACUGAAGCAAAUCAACCAAGCAAUCGAGUUUGCUGAAAAUCUGAUUAAAAGAAGCUCCAGCUUGGAUGUAAUGCAAAGCAAGAAUUAUCUAGAACAACGGUUUGAACAUCUUGAAAACACGACGAUCCUAGAACUUCCAGUCAAUUCAUUUCUGAAGUUUUAUCAAACAAAAGAAGAAAAGAAUCUAACCCUUGGUUACAUAGCAACAAGGGAACCAGUAGAAGGAUUGACAAAAGAUUUCCAAGCUGGUGUUGAAUCAGAGUUUGAAGUUCACCCACAAAUACGUGGAGAAGAAGUGUAUGAAGUGAAAGUGUUUGUGGAACCAGCUAAUAAAAUAGGAAGUUUGACAACUUGUGAAAAACAAGAUGGUGAUUACACCGUGAAGUUUACACCUAGAGUUCCAGGAACCUUCAAUAUCAUAAUAAAGGUAAAUGGCAAGGAGUUUGCAGGAAGUCCUUAUAUUGUCCAAGUAAAACAACGACUCAUUCAGGUUGUAGGAGAGUUAAAAGUAAAAGGAGAAACUUUUGAACAGCCAUCUGGAAUUGCCGUGAACAACAAAGGACAAAUCGCUAUCAGUGACUAUAAUAAACACUGUAUCCUGAUAACUGACAAAGAAGGAAACUGUGUAAGAAAAGUGGGUUGUCAUGGAAACAAUGCUGGACAGCUCAACCGUCCAGCUGACGUCACAUAUCUAAAUGAUGAUAACAUCCUUGUGGUGGAUGAAUUAAAUCAUCGCAUUCAACAAUUUAAUGUUCAAACAGGGAACUCUGUGAAACGUUUUGGGGUGAGAGGGAUAAGAGGUGCAGAAUUUCAAAAUCCUACCUGUGUUCGUUUGAACGACGAAGGCCGUGUUAUAGUUGCUGAUCAUUUUAACAACAGAGUCCAAGUUUUAUCACAGGAUGGUGAACCUUUGUUUCAAUUUGGAAAGAGUGGACCAGAAAAACUAAGAAAACCCAGGUCGUGUAUUUACCAUGAGAGCAAGUUCAAACAAAGACUGACCCCAUUAUUAACGAACUUUCACAAACUAUUUUGACCAAAGUUUUUGUACAAGAUUGGAGAACCAGGCAAGGCUGAUGGACAGAUGGAAGGGCCUCACGGACUGUGUCUUCAGAAAUGUGGCAAUCACCAUAAUCUUCUUGUAUCUAACAGAACCAAUGGCUGUGUUGAUCAGUUUACAGUGGACGGCUGUUUCACUGGAAAAACUGUUGUUAAGUUACAAGACCCUACAAGAAUAACCACAACACCGGAUGGACUUAUUUUAGUUACAGACUAUAAGACUAAAAAAAUUCACAUUCUAAAAUAA